CUUCUAAUGAUGCAUGAUUACAGAUUGUGAGCCAAACCGGCUUAAAAUCAUGAACUUACUUAUCUCAUAUGAUAGGGACAAUUCAUUUUCAUUCAUUCAUAAUUUUUAUGUGCUUAGUGAUUGUAGGUUGAAAGAAAAAACAGAUGAACUAGUUUUUAUGAUUUUAUUCUCUUCCCGGGAGUGAUGGCAGGGAGUGGCAUCAGGACCACACUCUCUCUGCCUCACUGGUCACAUGUUAACACUCUUGCGCGUAUGUUGCACAUCAAGGGUGCCAAAGUGGUUUAUGUCGCCUUCCAGCAGCGGGCUGACACAGACACAGACCCGACUGGGGGAAACUUGAGGAAUGGCCUCUGAACGGGUUGGGCCCAAUUCAACCCGAAAUCUGACCAACCAGUUCGUGCAGCCGGCGUGGCGCAUCGCGCUGUGGUCGGUGGCUUACAGCACCGUGCUGGCAGUGGCCGUUUUCGGAAACUUGAUUGUGAUUUGGAUCAUUCUGGCGCACAAGCGGAUGAGGACCGUGACCAACUAUUUCCUGCUGAACUUGGCUUUCUCUGAUGUGUCGAUGGCCGCUUUCAACACGCUUAUCAACUUCGUCUACGCGGCUCAUGGAGAUUGGUACUUUGGAGAAGUGUACUGCAGGUUUCACAACUUCUUCCCGGUCACCGCUGUGUUCGCCAGCAUCUAUUCCAUGAGUGCAAUAGCCAUCGACAGGUACAUGGCCAUUAUCCACCCUCUGAAGCCUCGUCUGUCGGCGAAGGCCACUAUGGGAGUCAUCGUCUGCAUCUGGAGUCUGGCCGUGGUUCUGGCCUUCCCUCUCUGCUACUUCUCCACCACAAAAACUCUGCCCCGCAGGACCCUCUGCUAUGUGGCCUGGCCCCGCAUGGCCGACGACCACUUCAUGUAUCAUAUCAUAGUGACAGUUCUGGUCUACUUACUGCCUUUAGUGGUGAUGGGCAUCACUUACACCAUCGUGGGGGUGACGCUGUGGGGAGGGGAGAUCCCGGGAGACUCAUCUGAUAACUAUCACGGACAGCUCAGAGCCAAACGGAAGGUUGUGAAGAUGAUGAUCAUUGUUGUGGUGACCUUUGCCCUCUCCUGGCUUCCCUAUCAUGUCUUCUUCAUUGUGACGGGUCUUAACAAGCGUUUGAGCAAGUGGAAGUACAUCCAGCAGGUUUACCUGUCAGUGCUGUGGCUGGCAAUGAGCUCCACUAUGUACAACCCCAUCAUCUACUGCUGCCUCAACAACAGGUUCCGCGCUGGUUUCAAGCAGGUUUUCCGCUGGUGUCCCUUUGUGAGGGUCUCAAGCUAUGAUGAGCUGCAGCUCCAAAAUACAAGACUUCGACCAGGUCACCAGAGCAGCAUGUGCACCCUCUCUCGGGUUGACACCAGCAUCCUCAGCAAGAACAAGAGCACUUGUUCUCGUGGUAACCGGUCAAGACUCAACUCUGAGCCCAAUAAUGAAGACAGUUAGUUUCUCCAGGUGAAUGCUCACUGGGUUUUAUUUUAUGUAUUUUGAGUUGACAAAUGCUGAUUUUAGUGGUUGUUGUUGUUGUUGUUGUUGUUGUUGUUGUUUAUUCAUAAAGCCAAUAAAUAUUAAUCAAUUUGGAUUAGUGUGGUGAAAUCUGGGAAUAGUUUUGAUUUUUACACAACAGUGGUUUUCAGUCUGAGGUGUGCCUCCUUUGGAGAGCAUGGGAGAGUUGAAGAUAUGUUUUGGAGCACAUUUUAUCUAAAAAGAAAAAAAGGUUGCAUACUCCAGUUUAAGGGUAUUUUAAUCUGAAAUCAUACAUGAUACGCAUCAUUUUAGAAGAUUGUGACUUACACUUUCUGAGGAUGUCAUUAUCUCUGAACAUUGCAAAUAAAGUUCCAUAAACCUGCUUAGAGCUCAUAGAAAUAACAGUCCUUAUAACUGCUGAACUUGCCUGAGAAUUGAGUUAUAAAGUUUUCUUCAUCGUCAAAGUAAUGCAGUGAUAGUUUUCUGUAAAAGAGGGGUAGGAGAUCGGGUGGCAGUUAUCUCAUCUUUAUUCUGAUGGGGAUCCCCAGCGCUAUUAGACUUUGCAAACCCCUGCACUACACCAACACUUGGGCCUUGUGUACAGUUGAUUUUAGCUUUUUUUUUUUUUUUUUUUUUUUUGUCUCUACAGUGUGCCUGAGUGAGGAUUGUCAGCCGUGAUGGAGAUCUGUUUUUCAAUUUAUCAAAACUGAUCAAUACAUUUGAAUUUUUUGACAAAUAGUGUUAUACAAAAUAUCUGAUAUCUUCUGACAUGCUGUUUUUUGAUUUGAAAAGUUCAUUUGUUUUUAGUCAUAAAAUGCUACUGUUCAUGAGUUAUAAAUCUUAUUUUGUUGUUGUUUUGUAUGUAUUGGGCUUAUUUGUGUAAAUAGACCAAAUGAUGUGAGGCAAUUUUGCAAAAUCCAAAAAGAUUUCAACCAGUCAGCAUGAGAUUAAUGUAUAUGUGGAUAUUUAACAUUGUUAUUGUAGGAAAGUGUUCAGCAUUUCAUUAACACAGCAUUUCAUUGAUUAUAUUUUCCUAAAGGGAUGAUGUGUACUGCACCUUAUUGGGUUUGAUUAAUUUUGAUAAUUUAAAAACUAUUGAUGUUUUGGUAAAAUAUGGUUGGUGGUUUAAGCGAACAUAUUUUAAAUGUCUGAAUUAUAUUUAUAUAUUAGAUGUUUGAUAUGUUUUUAUUUUUCUAUGUUGUUUUUGUCAUACAAAGGUCCAUGAUUCAAUCCUGUAAGAACAAGUACCCAAACUAUAAGUGGCAUUUCUGUUUUGUUGGUUAAGUAACUGAGCUCAAAGGCAAUCACUUGUCACACAUCAUAAUAUUAUUUGUUAAGCUGCAUUUGCCAUUUUCUAAUCACAUUUGUUUAAUAUUCACAGCACGCUAUUAUAUAACAUAGUAUAUGUAUUUGAUUAAAUGCUGUACUUACUGUAGACAUACUGUGUAUUUAAUGCCAUCACACCAUUACUCAGUGGAUUAUAUCAACAAUAACUGCAACAUUGCUGCUCACCCUGUUUCUCUUAGCUGGAGAAAGCAUGUGCCAUUUUAAAAUGUACUUUUUUGGGGAUAAUAAGAGUUACUCUUUACUGUAUCUAUGCUUAAAAAAAAUGUAUAUCUAUUUGCACUGAAUGGUGUUUUAUUGUUGCAAUAUGAUGUUAAAUUACUAUAAACACUAACCAUGUCUCUGAACAACCACUGUGUUACAUUUUUAUUUGUCAUAAUAGUGGUGUCAGAUCAGAAAAUGUUUGUCAUUCUGUGAGACAUGGAUCAGCAUCAU